AGAUGUUUGGACUGUUGUUUUUGUUACCAGUGUUGGUAUACUCAGAAGAUUCUACAUGGCCUGCCAGGGAGUUCAGGGGUGCCUUUGUAGCAACAGUUGCAAACAUUGAUUGGCCAUCUUCGCGACAUUUAACGACACAUCAGCAGAAAAACGAACUAAUAAACCUACUUGACAAAUUACAAAAACUUAAUUUCAAUGCAAUUGUACUACAAGUUCGUCCGGCUGGUGAUGCAUUAUACAGUUCAAAACUAGAACCAUGGAGUUACUAUUUAACGGGAGAACAAGGAAAACCUCCGUCUCCGUUUUACGAUCCACUUGAAUUUGCCAUUACUGAAGCUCACAAAAGAAACAUUGAAGUCCAUGCUUGGUUUAAUCCGUACAGAGCGCGAUCAGGAAGUACUUCUAGUGUUGGAUUAGCACAAAAUCAUGUUGCUCAUAUCUAUCCACAGUACGUGUAUAAGUAUGGCCAUGAUUUAUGGAUGGAUCCAGGUGCCAGCGUCAUUCAGGAUCACGCUGUUAAAGUCUUCCUUGAUGUGGUCACCAGAUAUGAUAUUGAUGGGGUUCACAUAGAUGAUUACUUCUAUCCUUACCCAGUUUCAGGCACAGACUUUCCGGACUCUCAUACUUAUUCAUCAUACAAAACAAAUGGUGGUAACUUGGGACUUUCUGACUGGCGGCGUAACAAUAUCAAUACUUUAAUACAAAAUUUAUCGACGCGUAUCAAAACUAUCAAACCUUAUGUCAAGUUCGGUAUUAGCCCUUUUGGUAUAUGGCAACCCGGUUACCCUCAUGGCAUACAUGGAUUCAAUUCAUUUACAUCAUUGUAUGCUGAUUCGAGAAAAUGGUUUAAAGAAGGAUGGCUUGACUAUCUUGCACCACAACUGUAUUGGCAAAUAGACCCUCCUGCCCAAAGCUAUCCUGCACUUUUGGAUUGGUGGCUAGAACAAAACACACAUCAACAUCAUGUUUACAUAUCAAAUUAUGCAUCCGCUGUAUUUACAAAACACUGGUCUACGCAUGAGCUGGAAAGGCAGGUAGAAAUAUCUCGUUCAAAAGAUAGCAGGAAAAGUUAUGGAAAUAUCCAUUUUAGUGCAAAAGUUUUCGUUGAGAAUAUGCACGGGAUGAGUGACGUUUUUCAUACAAAGGUAUAUACCUCACCAGCUCUGACACCCGAAAUGUCAUGGCUUUCCUGCCCUAACCCACCUAAACCGUCAAAUGUUAAAACACAUGGAUAUAAUGUUUCUUGGACCCCAGAAACAAGUGGUCAUGUAAGAUCGUACGCAAUUUUCCAUUUCAUAGCGGAAGUUUUUGGUCUUGUUACUGUGCUGCCUAAAGAUUCUUCAUCAUUCACCGUUACUGAAAUUGGAAGUUAUGUUAUUGUUUCAGUAAAUAGGAUCGGAAUUCAGAGCCUGGAAGAAAGCUUUACAAUUGGGCUUAGUACCUCUUCGGUUAUCGGUUAAAACUUUGCAUAAAAUUUAAUUUUGCCCAUAGUUCUCUAUUUUGCAAACCCCUUUCUGACCCACUUUUAUAUACUUCAGGAUUUUCAUGACAAUUGCCCAUUUUAUCAUAUGAUAUGAAAACAGAGUUUAAUGAUUUAUUUUGACAGAAAGGAUGAGAGAGGUCACCAAAACCAAUCACAAAACACGAUGGAAAUGUAAUGUUCGUAUAAUAAUAUCACUGAAAGCAACAAGAAAAAAAAUUACUAGUACACAAUGACUAAAGGUUCUAUUUUUCUAAUACAGGAUUUUAAAAUCAAAACGCUAUCACCACUGUACUGAACGAGCUGGUGUAGUUUCAAAAAUUCACCAUACAAAUAAAAGGAGGAUAACACAAUUGACUAUAGUCAAGUAGUUUCAUGUUGUUCGCUAUUUCAUAUAAAAGUUAAUUUGAGCUUAUGCUAUUACAUAUGUAACACGCAUAAUAUAUAGUUUGUUUGGUGUUGAUAGUAGAUGUUUAAUUUGAAAGUCUCUGUUUAAUCUAUUUAAAACUUUCUACAAUUUGGAUGAUUUGGAGCCUAAUUUAUUGUUUUGGCACUUUUCUAUUGUUGAAGAUCUCAUGCUGACCACUAGAUAUUGUUUUGGCACUUUUCUAUUGUUGAAGAUCUCCUGCUGACCACUAGAUAUUGUUUUGGCACUUUUCUAUUGUUGAAGAUCGCAUGCUGACCACUAGAUAUUGUUUUGGCACUUUUCUAUUGUUGAAGAUCUCAUGCUGACCACUAGAUAUUGUUUUGCUAUGUGUGCGUCGUUGGGUUCCCAUCUCAUUGACAUAGUCUAUUUUCAUGUGUUUUAGAUAGAUCUGUGUUAAACUGACACCCAUUUUUGAUAGAUUUUUUGGUCACCAAAGGUGGUGUAACAUGAGGAGCAUCCCUGCUUAAAAUUUACAUUGU